AGCGUGGUUUGGUCGACUUCAAUCUUGCGUCAUCCAACCACUCAUGUGGCCCCUGAGCGGUGCCAGCCAAGCCGGCAAUGGCGCUUUUUAGUUGUGUGCGCGUGUAUAUGUAAAGCAUGGCAUAUUGUUCUGAUAUAAGCAUCCGCACUAAUAGGUUCAGAACAUUAAUUAGCUAGCCUGGGCUCCUUCGCUUCAAGGGAUUGAAAAUGGUGAAGAUAGAUAUUGGUAGCUUUACUGACUCUUUUAGCGUUAAUUCCAUCAAAGCUUAUGUGGCAGAGUUCAUCGCUACUCUUCUUUUCGUAUUUGCUGGUGUUGGAUCAGCCAUCGCUUACGGUGAACUUACGGCUGAUGCAGCCUUGGAUGCGCCGGGACUGGUGGCGGUGGCGGUGGCACAUGCGUUUGCCUUGUUUGUUGGCGUAGCGGUGGCAGCCAACAUCUCAGGCGGACAUUUGAACCCGGCGGUUACUUUUGGGCUGGCAAUUGGAGGCAACAUCACCAUCUUAACAGGCUUCUUGUACUGGAUUUCCCAAUUGCUUGGCUCCAUCGUCGCAUGUCUCCUCCUCAAAUUUGUUACCGGUGGAAAGAGCAUUCCAACCCAUGGAUUGGCAGCAGGUGUGGGUGCAGGCCAAGGUGUAGUGUUUGAGAUUAUCAUUACUUUUGCAUUGGUUUACACUGUGUAUGCCACAGCAGCUGACCCUAAGAAGGGUUCUCUUGGGAUCAUUGCACCCAUUGCAAUUGGGUUCAUUGUGGGCGCCAACAUCUUAGCUGCUGGUCCAUUUAGUGGCGGUUCAAUGAACCCAGCUCGUUCAUUUGGCCCAGCCGUGGUAAGCGGGAACUUCUUAGACAACUGGAUUUAUUGGGUUGGCCCAUUGGUCGGUGGCGGCUUGGCUGGGUUGGUUUAUGGCGAUGUUUUUAUUAGUUCAUAUGCUCCAGUUCCUGCAGCUGAAAGCUACCCUUAAGUUAUUUUCCAGUGUCGAGUUUCUCAAUGUUUGAUUUCUUGCUUGUGUGUGGAAAUUGUGGCUUUGACUUUUGACUAUCCACCUAAUGAAGGAGCUUCUGCUUGUAAUAAAAUGUAAAUAAUAAAUGCUAUUUAAUUUCAA